UUGAUGCCAUUAUCAAUAUCAGGGUACAAUAUCAACUGAAGAGAAACUGGAUGGGUGAUCCAUGUUCCCCAAAAGAAUAUGCUUGGGAUGGCUUGAAGUGCAGCUAUGAUCUCAAUUCACCAAGGAUCACAGAUGUAAACCUGUCGGCAAGUGCAUUGACUGGCCCUAUUUCCUCUUCUUUUGCCAAGCUCACAGCAAUCAAGUACCUUGACUUGUCAUAUAACAACCUAACAGGAUCCUUGCCAGAUGUUCUGGGAAAUUUGCCAUCGCUUCAAGUCCUGAAUUUGGCAGGCAACAAUCUUUCUGGGCCAAUUCCUGCUUCUCUACUAAAAAGAUCACAGCAAGGGUUGCUGAUACUUAGAACUGAAGGCAAUCAAAAUUUAUGCGCCAGUGGAAAUUCAUGUGAGAUAAAGACGGACACAGAAUCAAAAAAGAAGAAGAUUGCAACACCUAUUAUCGUGAUUAUUUGUCUAGUUCCUGUGGUGCUAUUUCUUGUGGCUAUAUUUAUCUUCUGUCGAAUGAGAAAAUCAAAAGGGUCAGCAAAUAUCUUGGUACAGCCAGAGAAGGAAAGAUUGUCCAACUUAGUAAAGGGUCAUCAAGAUAAUCCUUUGCAACUUGAUAAUCGACAGUUUACGUACACGGAGGUGUUGAGAAUAACCAACAACUUUGAAAGAACUCUUGGCAAGGGUGGAUUUGGCACUGUGUACCAUGGAUAUUUGGAAGAUGGUACUCAAGUCGCAGUCAAGACACGCUCUCAAUCAUCUUCGCAGGGAACCAAAGAGUUUCUAGCUGAGGUGCAGCACCUGAUAAGGAUUCAUCACAAAAGUCUAGUUUCUUUGGUUGGCUACUGCAUGGAUGGAGAUCAUCUGGCUCUUGUCUAUGAGUACAUGUCUCAAGGAACACUGCUGGAUUAUAUUAGAG